UACAAGGGAGACACAGUGUUGCUGCUUUAAUUGCCAGAUCAUUGCAGUCGAUUGGAGGAAUAGAGGGCGGCAGAGCUUAUGCGUUCUGGUCGACGCGUUAAGACCUCGUUUCGGAUGUAACUCUAGGAUUCGGUCCUAUCGCCGGAGUCAAGAAUGUAUUUAGUUGCUGUUUUAAUCAUUCUUGUAGAAAUUCAAGCAACUUCUGAAGAACAAGAAAAGAAGAAAAAUCCAACGUGUGCCGUUUUUCCUAAAAAUCAACACGUUCAAUUCGGCUCCGAGGUUCAGGUCACCUGUCAGAGUUCCUGUAGCGAGGGUCAAAUCUACUGGGUGGUGAACGGUCAAGUGGUGGCUGACAGAUUCUCCAAGUCCAUCAACUCCUCUCAUACUGUUCUGUCCUUGAAGAAUUUCACUUAUCAAAGUGCUAUAAUACAAUGCCAUAGUGUAUUUAAUGACCUUGUUUUAGAUGGGACCAACAUCAAAACAUACACAAAACCCAGCAAUGUAUCGUGUCUCAUACGUCUUAAUAGAACAGCGGAAGGUUUCCCAAAGAUGGUCUGUAAUUGGGAGCAUGCCAUGAGUUCCUCAUGGAAAAUAACCUAUACCGUACAGAGUACAUGUGACAGUUGCUCGGACCUAAAGAUUGCCUACUGCAACUCAGGGACGACCUCAUGUGUUUUCAAGAUCUUACCAUUUCUUGCAAGAAACUUCUCCAUUGUUGUGAAAGCCAAUUCCAGCAGCUGGGAGGUUAAAUCAGACAUGUAUUCAUUUGACCCUUUCCAAAUCUGGGUGCUUGCCCCCCCAGAACUACACGUGACUGCUCUCGUCAGCUACCUGCUUGUCGGGUGGAACCAAUCAGACACCAUCGGGAACAUUAUUCACUGUCAAGUCCGAUACAGUCAGGUUCUCGACAACAGAACUGAGGUGCAGGUGGUCAACAAGUCCCUGACUAGAAAGGAUAAGAGGGCAUGGGUCACCAUUGAGGGCGUAGAGUCGUGUGUCGUCUACACCGUGUCUGCCCGCUGUGCCGUGGACAGGUCUCCCUGGAGUGAAUGGAGCCUGGGGCAUACGGCCGUGUCCCUGCUGAAUCCAAAGACCUUUCAAUUCAACCUGUGGAGAAAGGUUGUUCAACAAAAGAGCAGUGGUGUGCGAGAAGUUAAAGUAAUGUGGACGGAGAUACCCCAGACCUGCAAAGAAGAAUACACAUAUUACGUUGACUAUCUUCUCUACACGCUGUUGUCUGCAACAUCAAACAAUGGGGGUUCUGUGUGUAGCCCUUUGAGCUGCUUCAUCUCUUUGGCUCCUGAAGCUCAUGUUAUCCGGCUCUCAAUCCUCCAAAAUGAACUCUCUGUUGCAAACAAGACUGUUUACGUUCCGGCCGUUGGAGAGACCCUGCCUCAGGUCAGUGACAUCCAGGCUUCGGCACACGGCGGUAUUAUCCAAGUGAACUGGCAAGCUCCCCGUCACAAUGUGAGCGGUUACAUCGUGGACUGGACCGAUGACGGGAAAACAUAUUUCUGGAAGAGGAGCAACCAUACCGAAACCAAACUAUAUGAUCUUAGGGACUUUCGUCUGUACAACAUUACGGUGACUCCUGUUUUUGGUAACAAGACAGGGCAUGGGAAAAAAGCGCCACAGGUGUGCUCACGAAGAAGAGUUCCACAGGCCAUCUACAUCUCUGAACUUCGUCCUGAAGACACCAGGGUUUAUGUGAGAUGGAAAAUCGAGGCAGAGGACAAAUGUAGCACAGCUGUUGAAAACUUUACUGUUUUUUGCAGACAGGUGGAAAAAGUCCCUCCAGUCAUGCUGUACAACCAAUCUGUCAGUUUCACCCAGCGGAGAGCUGUACUAGAAAACCUGAAACAAUCUACCAAGUACGGAGUAAUUGUUAUGGCAAUGGGACACACAGGCAAUAUCAGCAGCACGGAAACACACUUUCAGACUCAGAAACAUGAUCCUGUUCUGGUCUUGGUGAUGACUAUAUGUGUAACGCUGUUGUUUUUUAGCCUGUCCAUUUUCGGAGUGUGCUGUGUCUGGUACAAGACGUUCUUAGGAAAGAUGGUACCCAAUCCUGGUCACAGUUCAUUGGCACUGUGGCCCUCCCAGAGCAACCAGAAGAUCACGUCACAUUUCAGCCAGCCCUUGGAAGGCGAGACCCGUUGUGUGAGGGUUUACCCUUAUGAGUGGGACGGUGCCAGAGAUUGCCUGGUGCCGCCGUACCUCGGCGACGACUCAAAACCCGAAACAGCUGGUGAAGAGACAGAGUGGGCGGUGCCAACCCCUGAAGGCAGCAGCUUGAGCGCAGGUGAGGACAGCGAACCGCCAACGGAGGAGGUGGAGCUUAGUGCCGACCAAGCCGGCAUAUCCGUGCAAGACUCUCGGGAGGAGGAGGAUACGCUGUUGCAGGAAUAUUCGGAAGUUUUCCUGCUUCCACAGAGCAGCCCCUAUCGAAGCCAAAAUGCAGUGCCGCCUCAAGGGCCCCAGAGCGUCAAGGAUGGCAGAGAACUUUCUGGAAACAAACACAGCCCUAUGUAUGUCUCCAUGGAGAUGUUCAGAGAGGGACCGGACAGGGGAUGAGAUGGAGAAAGUCAUUUUGUUUCCAUUGUCGAUGUUUAUAUCAUAGCCCCUUCAUCCAUAGCAAGAUAUAUAAAUGAAAUAAACUAGAAACACGUUUCGGUUUUUGUACUGUA